AUGGUGGCCAGCGACGCGGGUAUCGCGUGGCUCGUCCGCGAGGCAAUGGACGGCCGCGGAAGGAUCAAGCUUAGGAAGCUUUCACGCAGCCGUAUGUCGCGGGCCGCCGUUUCCGCUACCAAGCUGAAGCAGUGCGUCAGAAAACAGCCGGCUAAAAUAAGGAAAUGCAUGUGCCUGCCAUCCAAUUACGCCCUCGUUGAAUUCCCCUUGGUCUGGUCCGAGCUUAGAGCAAACCAACAACUGUGCGAUGGUGCAAUAAGGUGUGCCACAGGCCACGUUUUCCCGGUGCAUCGCGCUAUUUUAUCCGCGGUCAGCCCAUAUUUCAAGGCUCUCUUCACCAACAGCCUGAAAGGCGGGAAGACGGAAACCACGGAGGUCGCGAUUGAUUCGGUCCCCGGGAAAAUUUUCAGCCUGAUCCUCGAUUAUGCUUACACUGGCACAUGCAACGUGAACGCCGACAAUGUCGAACAACUUUUACCCCUCGCCGAUCAAUUCGAGGUCCUGGGUGUCGUUCAGCUCUGCUGCCAGUUUCUUUUGCAGGAGCUUCGCCCGGAAAAUUGCUUAGGAAUCUUCAAAUUCGCUCGUCACUAUUUCUGCCGCGACCUAGAAGAGAAGGGCCGGAAAUACAUUCGCCAUCAUUUUAAGCGGAUACUGCAAGAGAGCCCGGAAUUCAAAGAGCUGACGAGCAAGGAACUUGAGGCGAUUCUACGUGACGACGAGUUGAACGUUAAAAACGAAGAAAUAGUUUUCGAGGCCGUUAAAACCUGGCUCGAGCAUAACGUCGAUGAAAGAAGGCCUUAUUUACCCAGGCUCUUGAAAUGUGUGCGCUACGGUUUGAUGAGCUACAACUUCUUCACGAACAAUGUUCUCACGUGGAAGAUUAUCGAGGAGGAUGAAUCAUGCCAGCAAGUACUAGCUCCCGCAAACCAAUACCUAAAAGAGCAGGAAGCGAAACAAGGGAGCGGCGAAAUCGAUUUGAACAAUCCCCUGGCUAAACCUCGUAUCCCUUACGAGAUCCUGUUCGCGAUCGGUGGCUGGAGUGCCGGUUCCCCGACGAAUUUUGUGGAAACCUACGACACGAGAGCUGACAGAUGGUUUCUAUCAGUGAGCACGGACGCAACACCGAGGGCCUACCACGGCCUGUGCACGUUGAACAAUUUGAUCUACAUGAUCGGCGGGUUCGACGGCAACCAGCACUUCAACACGGUCAGAUGCUUUGAUCCAGUGACGAGGGAGUGGCGUGAACGGGCGUGCAUGUAUCACGCGAGGUGUUACGUCAGCGUUUGCACCCACGGAGGAAAGAUAUACGCGCUUGGCGGGUACAAUGGCCGCACCAGAAUGAGCUCAGGGGAAAGAUACGAACCGCAAAGGAACCAAUGGGAGAUGAUACCGCCGAUGCACAGGCAGAGAUCGGACGCGAGCGCUGCCGCCUUGCAGGACAAGAUUUACAUCGUCGGCGGUUUCAGCGGUCGUGAAGUUCUGAAUUCCGCGGAGGUAUUCGACGUGGAGACCAAUCAGUGGACCUACAUCCAUCCUAUGAUCAAUCCGCGGUCUGGCGUCUCUUUGGUCGCGUUUCGAGACAGCCUUUAUGCGUUGGGUGGCUUCAACGGCUUCAUCAGGCUUAGCUCUGGGGAGCGUUACAAUCCGAAUCAUUCGGAGGAUUGGCACGCGGUUCCAGAGAUGUUCAGCCCCCGCAGCAAUUUCGCCACGGUCAUUCUGGACGAUAUGAUAUUCGUCGUUGGUGGAUUCAAUGGCUCGACAACGAUUGCAUACGCGGAAUGUUACGAUGCGGACAGCAAUGAAUGGUACGAUGCAUCACCGAUGAAUUUGAAUCGUAGUGCCUUGAGUGCAUGCGUAAUCUCUGGUCUCGCGAAUGCACGUGAAUAUUCUUAUCACGGCAAAGCACGAGAUCUUGGUCAAGGUCAAGCUUCGUCAGAGAAUCAACAGAAAACCAUCCAGGGUGGAGAGGGUGCAGUGGAAACGAAUGCCAAUAUUUCCACCGAAGAAGAGGAGACGGUGAACUUCGAUGAACACGUUCAAAGGGAGGUGAUCCCCAUGAACGAGAUGGCUGAAAGUGUCGGCAAUUAUUUAGGAUAAUCCUACGACACUGUUCAGCGCGCGAGAUAGAAUUUUCAAAAUUUUAAAAUAUAAAAAAAAAACAAACAUUAUUUCGGAAGAUGAUUGUUUCACGAAUACGCAAGAUUUUUCUAUCGCUAUUUAUUUAUUAAAAACACUAUGAAAAUGGCAGAAAAAUUCAAUUAUAAUGUUUAACAUGGUGUGUAAAAUAAAUAAUCCGAUGUAUCUUCUAAAUAAUAAUUUCAGUUGAAAAAUAUUUCGGAUGAAAGUUAUAUACCUUUCAAGAAGAUGUGAGUAUUUUCUUAUGAAUCGAUGUAUAGAGUAUACACGAUGAUUAAACUAUUUUUUUUUUUUUAAAUUUAAAAAAAUACAUCAUUGCGCCAUCUCCUUGAAAUCGUUCAACUUUUAUCAGAAUAUUUUUCAUCGAUAAUUAUUAUUUAAAGGGAAAAAUCAAGAUAUAGAUCGACAAAUUGAACUGGAUAUUAAAACUUUCUGCUUGAAGAAAUAAUCAUAUGGCGAUGUAAAAUUCUCAAAUAUUCGUGAAACAAAAAAAAGAAAAAAAAAAGAAAAAAAAAAGUUUGAAAGAAAUAAAUUUAUAGGGAUAAUUAAAGGAAAAAAAAGUUAAUAGACAGGACCAGAGGCUUAGGAAAUAAAAACAUGGUAGGUAUACAGAAUUUAUCAAGUUAACCAUUUUUUUUAUAUUUAGUUUUACGAUAAAAAUUUGUCGCGUAAAGCCUUUACGCGGGUUUUAACGAAAAUUAGGUCUUUCAAUUUUUAAUCGAAAAUCGCAAUUUUGUAAGUGAUAUUAUUUUUCUGUUAAGCUAUUAUUUAUCUUUUUUUUUUUUUUUUCAUUUUUUUUUUUUGUCUUCUUUUUAUGGAGGACUUGCGCCUCGUGAAAUUUUUUUCAAGGUUUUCCCAUCCACGAGGAUCAUGGAUUUUAUCGAUUUUCGUAUUAGCGAAUAACUUAUGAAUUUUAUUGUGGCUUUGACAAAUUUUUUUUUUUUUUCCUCUCGUUAAGACGUUUUUUUCCCCUAACCAAGAAGUGCGAUUCGAAAUAAAGAUACACAUGCACGGUUGUUUCAAUUCUGGCGUCCCAGAAUUUUUUUGUUUCCCCCCUUUUUUUUUCCUCUUUCUUUUUGAUUAAUAAUUAGUCGAGUCUAAAUUGUUAUUUUUUGAUGUAUACGUUUUUCUUGCCCCUGCACGUGUAUCUCAUAUAGCACGAUUAUUCUUUUUUGGACGAGAUCCUGUGCCUUGGUCUGUUAUUUUAAUCGAAUAAAAUUUAUACAGAUUAAGAACAUGCUUAUCUUUUGAUUUUUGGACAAUAAUUUUUAUCAAGAUUAAUCAUUAUAUUUUAAAUUAAAGAUACAAUUUGAUUUAAUUUCUUGAAAAAAAUUUAUAUCGACGAUGUGGCAAUUACCAUGUUAAGUUCAUAAUUAUCAAUUGAAAUGAUUUAUGUAUCUAUAUUAUUCAAGAACCAUAUCACUUUUUUUCAGAUAUUUAAUUUUUAGAUAUUUGUA